GGCUGUUCCCCGGGAGACGACGGCGGCCGCGGCGCGCUAUGGAACCGAGGGUCGUCAAGCCUCCGGGGCAGGAUUUCGUAGUGGAGCGUCUGAAGAGCCGCUACGGGCUGGGGGGCAGCUGCGCCGCCGAGUAUGACUUUUCAGAUUUUGAUCAGGCUAAAUGUAAGAGAAGAUCUCUAACCUCCCCAGAUGAUUUGGAUAUCUACUCAUCUGGAGAUAAAGUUGGUUCAUCAUUAAGAUGUUAUUCUGAUGAAAGAAAGCAUUGUACAACACCUCUUUGUAGUUCAUUCAAGCACUUAAAUGUGAAUUGCCUAGAUGAUGAACUGGGUUCUUUUCAAGAUUUGAAGCAAGAGGAAACAGAAGAAGAGUUGACUGAGAGUGAUCAUAGAGUUAGUACCUCCAAAAUAACCAAGGAGUCUUUUAAACGGAUAGCAAAAGCAAUUGCCCGGCCAACUAAUUUUGCCCCAAAUUCAAGAAAUUGGACUGAAUGUUGUAGUGGUGCAAGUGACUUUCCUUUGAAACAUGUCAGCUGUCCAACAUCGAAAGCAUCAAACAAGCAGAGUUUACUUCCACAUCAGAUCAAUCAGAUAUAUGAUGAAUUAUUUCAGAUACAUCAGAAACUGCAGUGUGAAACUGCAGCACAACAGGAAUUUGCUGAAGAACUUCAAAAGCGAGAACGUUUUUUAGUUGAAAGAGAACAACUGCUUUUCAGACAUGAAACUGCCUUGAGUAAAAUUAAAGGUGUCGAAGAAGAGGUUCUUACAAGAUUUCAGAUUAUAAAGGAGCAACAUGUUGCAGAAGUUGAGCACUUAACCGAAGUUCUUAAGGAAAGAAAUAAAGAAAGCAAGAGGCUAAGGUCCUCUUUUGAUGCGUUGAAAGAAUUGAAUGAUAACUUGAAAAAACAGUUAAAUGAAGUAAGUGAAGAAAACAGGAAGAUGGAGAUUCAGGCUAAAAGAGUUCAAGCUCGUUUAGAUAAUUUACAGAGGAAAUACGAGUUUAUGACCAUACAGAGAUUGAAAGGAAAUUCCCAUGCUGCUCAUGAAAUGAAGAGUUUAAAGCAAGAAAAAGUACUAGUUUCAAAAACUUAUAAGGUCCCACUUAAUGCACAAGUUUAUGAACUUUUAACUGUCUUCAUGGACUGGAUUUCAGAUCACCACCUUAGCAAAUUGAAAAAUGAAGAGUAUGGAAUUGAUGGUGAAAAGUCGUUACUCAAAUUUGCUUCUGAGAGAAGUGAUAUUCAGGAGAAGUGUUUGAAGCUUUUGCCUGUGUUGACAGAGCAGCUACAGUGGAUGCCAUUUGUGAAUGCCAGACUUCACGAGCCUUUUGUAAAAUUUUUAUAUUGGUCUGUAAGGCAGCUAGAUGCUGGAACACAGCAUACAACUAUGACAUCAACAUUGAGGAGAUUGGGUGAAGACCUAUUCAAAGGAGUAGUAACUAAGGGAAUUCAGGAUAAUUCUUUAGAGCAUUCUGUGGAAAAUAAACCAAAGACAGCUGUUUUCUUUAAGAGCUCCAAUUUACCAUUGAGAUUUUUAUCAACUUUAAUUGUUCUCAAAACAGUCACUCAAGCUGACUACCUGGCUCAAGCAUUUGAUUCUCUUUGUUUGGACUUGAAGACAGAUGAAGGAAAAAUCUUGUUUUUGGAGUAUCAAGCUGUUCCAGUAGUAUUAAGUCAUCUAAGAAUAUCCAGUAAAGGACUCCUAUCCAAUGUCAUUGAUAGUUUGCUUCAGAUGACAGUGGAAUCUAGUGGAGACUAACAAUGGAAAGCCGUUGCCGGUGAAUCCCUUUUGGCUGGUGCAAAGCAUGGUUAUGCUUCUAACUAGGUACAUUCGGUGUAUGGUUUCACAUUUUCAAUUCAUUUUUAUAUACAAUCUUGUUUUUCCUUUACUUUGCUUUUCCCUGUGAAGGAAGCCAGACAGAAAAAUUGAGGCCUAGAAAAGUUAGGUAACUUGUCAGUGGAUUCCACAGCUAGACAGAGGAGAGGUAGAACUCAGACUUGAGACCAGGUCUCUGAUUCCAGACAUGAGGUGCAUUCUACCAGAGCACCAUGGUUAGGUUUUCUGGGUUUGUUUUUUUCUUCUGCCCCAAAAUGUCAAAUUUUCUCGACAUAUUUUAUUAAUAUUGUUAGCCAUUUGUAACUGUUAAGAUAUUGGACUUAUAGUUGGUGAUCUAGCUACCUAGAUAAGUACUCUUCGGGUUUUAUAUCUCGAUUUAUUAAUUUAAGGUGUAGAGCAAAAAGUGAAAAAUUAGUAAACUGAGAAACAGAGACUUAAGAUUACUUGUUCAAGUGGGUAUAUUUCCAACUAGUUUCACAGGAUUUUUUUUUAAGGAGGAAAACAAAAAUCUUACCAGAUGCAAAUGUCUAUUCAUCAGAAACAAAUUUGUCUGAAUAUGUCAAACAGAGAUGAAAUCUUGUAGCCACAGGAAAACUAAAUAUAAUUUUAUGAAGUAGUAGACCUACUUGGGUCAAACGACCGUGGCACUGUGACUUUCACAUUUGGAGAAAUAGUAUUAGAUUAGAUAGUCAACAGAUACUCAGUUCAUUCACAUUUGUUUACAUUCGUUCAAGUUAUGCUCAAAUCCAAGGUUAUUCGUUCUUGCUCAAAUUGAAUAAAUAAAGCAAUUUCUAAUGCUGGUUGCUAGAAAGCCAUAUUGUUUUUACUGAUUGGGAAACUUUUCAAAGAUCAGAAAUGGGUGGAUCUUUGAUGAUAUGUAACUGAGGUGCAUUUAUUUGCUUGAUAUAUUUCCAUGUUUAAUAUAAAUCC